UUUUUCUCUUUCUUUCUUUUCUUUUCUUUUCGCUUUCUUUUCUUUUUCUCCCUUUUUGUACCUGUUUUCUUUAUCACAAAGAAAAGUGUCUGUGCGAGAAAUUUCCUUCCAAAGAAAAAUGAUCAACAUGAGUACAACUAACCUUCAUCAUUUUCAUGCCAUCUCUAAAAGAGAUGACGCUGAUUAUGAAGAUUCUCAGGAUACAAAGCCUGAAACUUCUACUCGAAACCAUGGAAAAUCAAAAGUUUUCCAAUGUACUGGCUACGGAGACUGUAAAAUGGUCUUUACUCGAAGUGAACACUUGGCACGUCAUAUGAGGAAACAUACAGGCGAGAAACCCUUUAAAUGUGUUGUCCCAGGAUGUGAUCGUAUGUUUAGUCGAUUUGAUAACAUGAUGCAACAUACGCAAACACAUAAUAAAUCGCGAGGUGGUCUUAGAAGGAACAGUAAACCCAAAGCAAGAAGGGGAAGUAAAAAACUGUCCUCAAGACGCUCUAGUGGCUCGCUUGAUUAUGAGGAAUAUGUCCUACCCUCUCCUCCACCUUCUCGCCGAGGUUCCUCACACAACAUUAUCAAGGAACAUCAGAUCAUCUUACCAAACCCAAAAUACGUUGAAUUAGAUCAAGAUGAAGACAAUGAAGACGAAGACUAUGAGGAAGAAGAUAAUAUGUUUAUGGACUAUCAGAAACCUUACUAUUACUACUCUCAACAAAAGCACAUGCCACCCGAUUCACCCACUUCCUCUGACUCAUCCAUGCAUCUUCAUGAUUUUUUCCCUACACCCUCUAGACGCCGAUCCGCUCCCCAGGUUCGCUACCAACCGUAUCCAUACCAUCAAUCCCAUUUAAAAGAACAGCAAGAAAUCAUCCCUUCUAUCCCUCGCCGUAACUCAGUUUUGUCUCAAUUGGCUACCUAUCUUGUUGACCAUCCUGAUAAAUCCCCAGAAAACUUUUUAAAGCACCAUCAAAAACAAGACGUACCUACUCGGCGCUUAUCUAUUCAAGACCUUGCAAAUCCAAUCGAAAAGCUUGAAGUCAGCAGUAGCAGCAAUAGUAUCAGCAACAUGAGUGCUAGUACAAGCACAAGUAGUAUUAGCAGUCAUCAUACAGAAGAUGAAGAAUUAGAAGGUAUUGAUUUAACCGAAGAUGAAUUUCAAGCAAUUCAAGGCUUUGGGAAAUUUUAUAGAACAGCAAUUAACCUGUAACACACACGCACAUACUCUCUCUCACACCAUUUGUAAAUAAGUCUUCCUAAUAAUUAAUAAACAAGCAAGUUCCACACUUGAUUUGAGGUUA